UCCCGAGCGUAAAGCUUGCAAUGGAAAUCCAACGGACAAUAACAGAUUUGCCGCUCGAAGUCCUCGAUCUGAUAUUCAAAAAUCUUAGUUACUUGAAAACCAAAGUGAGUCUGGCUCAGGCUUGUGAAAAGCUCGGGAAAGCUUUUGCCUUUCACUGCCGCAAUGAGUUCAGAAAACUUGCUCCCUCUACCAAACUAACCCCCGAAUUGUGGGUAUUCGUAAUACAAGAAUGUGGCUCAGAAGUUGAGGAACUGUUCUACAAUGGACUCUCUGCCGGAUUGUACUGGAACGAUCUUAUAGCGCAGGCUGUUGUGAAGCACUGUCCUAAUCUCAAGUCGUUAUCAACUUGUGUAUAUAGGUCGCAUGUUAAGAGUGUUCAGUCUUUUAUAAUGAAGAUGAAAAGCUCUUUAGUAUCGGUUACAUUGGACCAAAGGGAAAGUUUUCCACAAGAUAUCUUAAAAACGGUCAGCGAAAUUACCCAAUUAAAAAAAUUAUCAUUUAAAGGAAAUGUUGACGAGAAUGUUUACCAUAUACAGAAUUUGGUCGCCCUGGAGAAACUGGCAAUUGAAAACCAAUAUUAUCUAACAAAAACUUCUGUCAACUUACUAAGAGUUUGUGCUCCACUAAGGAAACUCCGAGACUUAACUGCGUUCAACAUAAAAAUAGUUUCGUCAGAAGAACCUUAUUCAGAGAUGUGGGUAGCUUUAAAAUCUCUGUCCUUGAUUAGAUGCGAAUUGUCCAACGAGCUGCCAGACUGCCCAGAGCUCACAUACUUGGAUAUUGAAAGCCUCAACUGUCGUACUGAGGGCUAUAUUUUAGGAUUUAUUCUCAAAAAUGGAGAAAAUCUUACAACGUUAUAUGAGAGUUGUUAUCCUCCAAUUAAUGCCGAUGGCUUUCUUCAACUGCUUCGAGGAUGUCCCAAAUUGCGUUACUUUUAUACUCCAAUGGACUACAUAAAACUCUAUUCAACCUAUGUGUCUGCCAUAGUGGAAAUUCUAGAGGCCAAUGGAGUUACGCGUGAGGACCCUUUAGAACUGGUUAUAAGUAGGCGUAUUAAAUGGAAAUGGUUCCGAAGAUUACUUCUUCGAACCCCCAAUUCAGAAUUGAUUGAAUUGUAUGAGGGUGGUAAUUGAGGACUCUGUUCAAGAGUUUUUCCUUAAAAUAAAUAUACCUACCUACUCAUAUAUACAUAAUAAAAUGUUUUGUUAUUAUCCAUUCUUUUAUAAG